AUGUUCCUCAGAAAUGAUCACCAAACAAUAUCAACAAACGAUCGAUCCGCACAUUCAAGUGUUGGUCCAAACAAAACUAAAUUCAUCAACAAGAAGUCGAAUAUUGGUACUUCAAGUACCGUACUUGCUCCAUCUGCAAGAAGGGAAACCAUCUUCCAAAUGAAUGCUUCAUUUUGUAAAUUCAUAGACAUCAAUCCAGCCACUGGCCAAAGAAAGCAAGCUGAUAGUGUUGAAUAA